UUUACAGCCGUACUGUCAGUCGUGUUUUUAUUUACAUUCUGUACAUUUUGCAGCAUGGCGGCGAUAUCAAGUUUAUUGGGUUGCAAAUUGUUACGGCAAAUCAGCAGAAUCAAAUGCGUGAGCAUAAUUCGACACUACGCCAGUGCGAAUCGAGUUAAGCCAUUCAAGAAAGUGGGCAUCUCUGACCGCGCCAGAAAUGUAGCAAAAGCUUUGCAAAUGAGAACGGAAGCUUCGAUGGAGGAGAACGCUUUUGAAACCGGACAGACGGUCGAGUCCGUUGGCCAAUCCUUGGCAAGCAGAGGGUAUUUACGACCUAUCAAACCGUACUGUCCACCGGAAGAUGCUAUGGAUAAAGUGCUUGAAGCAGCUAAGUCAAACAACAUUGCCAAUUCGAAACAGCAUUUUGAAAGUAACGAACAGAAAUUUAAAUUCCUCGCAGCUUGCUACGAAAUCUUCAAGCAUUCUGUUCCUAACUCGCAGUUACACGAAAUCACAUCCGUUGCGGACGUUGUGGCUUUCUAUCAGACAGCAGUCGACACAACCCUCCCACUGGACACUCUCAAGACCGUCGAUUUACCGGAAAACCUUUACAUACAGCACGAGUAUAUACGAUUCCAUCCGGAAACGGAUACUAUGUUCGGAGGUAAAUCGGCCUUCCCAAAAAGUUCCACCAUCGUAACCGGUUUGAAGUACAAAGACAAAUAUCGGGGUCAUACGGCGAAAAAGUCCUGGCCUUGAGUAAUGGUUAUUAUGAUUGGUGCUGUUGUAGUCAAUAAAAGUAAAUGAAAAUUA